AUGUGUCGGCUGACGGAUCUGCCUGAUGAGCUCCUCCAAGACGUGCUCUCGCUUCUCCCCGCGGUAGACUUAGCAUCUAUCUCCGCAACCUGCCGCACAUUAUACCGCCAAUCCCAAGAUGAAAAGCUAUGGCAGCGCCUCGUCAACGCCAACAUUCCCAACAAGAUUACCAAACCCGGCAUAUUCAACACUUUUCGAGACCUGUAUUCCGCUCAUCAUCCAUACUGGUUUCUGCCGAGAAAUAAGGUCUGGUUUUCGGACAAUGAGUCUACCGGCACAUUAAUUAUUAGCCGCUAUGACAAUCGGCGCGGCGUUGUUGAAGCUUUUCGACUCGUGGCUGAGCUGGGGGAUGAGAUUGCCGUGCCCUGGCAGACUCAUCCGGAUGUUGAGAUUCAGCCGUUCAAUCCGCGUCUGCGUCUAUGGCUUGAUGAUCCGGUCAUUGAGCUUCGAAAUCCUGAGCGGCUGCCUCUUCGGGACAGGCAGUAUUCGCGAGAUCAGUUCAAGAUGACUAUGGCAAAUCGGACCGCUAGAGUCUGCAGCUCCUUUGCGUUAUGUAGAGGAAGUCUUGGCACUACUCCGAGAAUCAGAAACGACUUUCUAUGGCCACCCGUCACAAUUCCCGGCGAAAGAUCAGUUCGGAAACAUCACGAACUUCUCAUUGACGAGACAUCAAACACAUACAAACACCUUCAAAGAAUCCGUGAAAAUCCCGACAGAAUAUCAGAAACGAGCUUCUACCUACUCAAAUGGCCACAUUUCGGCGUGGGCCAGCCGAUUUUACCCAGACAGCCCGUAGAUCAAACAUGGAUAUUCUCGACACUUGACCCCACACUAUACACCCCAACAAAAGACAAACCUUUUCAAGGGAUAUGGGUUGGGGAUUACAAUUUUCACAAAUGCGAAUUCUUAUUGUUUUUGCAGCGAGAUCCGGGCGAACCCGCGCCACUGACGAAUAAUGGCAGACGACAUUUACGAGCUAUGCUGGGCGGUGCACGACUUUUCGAGGAGACGCAUCAUAACAACGAUGAUAUCAUCAACGAUGAAGAUGAGGCUGGGAUAGCGGCAGCGGAAGAAGAAGUCGUCUUGCUGAACGGCCAAUUCGAAGAUGCAUUUGAGCGCGCAAGUCUGCCUGAUACACAACCUAGUAAUGAAGCUGAGGAAUACAACGGUGUGAGGUUCCAAGGUCGUCUGGAAGGGAUCAAACUGACUGGGGACCCAAACAUUCCGCGGGGGGAGAUAUCGUUUGUGGCGGAGGAUAUUGGCCCGAAAGGGUUGAUGGGUGUUUCGCAGGAUGAGGAGUUUCGAGGUGCGAGGGUAGUGAAGAGUAAGGGGCAUAUUGCGUUUCAACAUUAUACGGACGAUCAAUGGGUUAAUACGCAGUUAUUCCUCAUAUCGCCGGAUUAUGUGGCUCAGUACUGGGAGCCGAUGAAUCAUAUAUCGUUCUUCCGCCGCGUGAAUAUUGAUGAAUUUACCAAGGUGUGA